AUGAAUGAGUCUCCUGAGAUAGACAUUAACUCGGUUAUUGAUAGGCUACUUGAUGUAAGAGGUUGUCGGCCUGGUAAACAAGUACAAUUAGCAGAAUUUGAAAUUAAAUAUUUGUGUACAAAAGCAAGAGAAAUUUUUAUUUCUCAACCAAUACUUCUUGAACUUGAAGCACCAAUAAAGAUUUGUGGUGAUAUACACGGACAAUAUUAUGAUUUGUUAAGGUUAUUUGAAUAUGGGGGAUUUCCACCCGAAGCAAAUUAUCUAUUUCUCGGAGAUUAUGUUGACAGAGGAAAACAAUCAUUAGAAACGAUUUGUCUUUUAUUGGCAUAUAAAAUAAAAUAUCCAGAAAACUUUUUUAUUCUACGUGGGAAUCACGAAUGUGCAAGCAUUAAUCGUAUUUAUGGAUUUUAUGAUGAAUGUAAAAGAAGAUAUAAUAUUAAAUUGUGGAAAACAUUUACAGAUUGUUUUAAUUGUUUACCAAUUGCUGCAAUAAUUGAUGAAAAGAUAUUUACUAUGCACGGUGGUUUAUCUCCCGAUCUCCAAAACAUGGAACAAAUUCGUAGAGUUAUGCGACCUACAGACGUACCAGAUACAGGUUUACUGUGCGAUUUAUUAUGGUCAGAUCCGGAAAAAGAUACCACCGGAUGGAGCGAAAAUGACAGAGGAGUAUCAUUUACAUUUGGACAGGAUGUAGUUGGUAGAUUUUUACAAAAACAUGACAUGGAUUUGAUAUGUAGAGCACAUCAAGUGGUAGAAGAUGGAUAUGAAUUUUUUGCCAAAAGACAACUUGUUACACUAUUUUCUGCGCCUAAUUAUUGUGGCGAGUUUGAUAACGCAGGUGCAAUGAUGAGUGUGGACGAGACUCUUAUGUGUUCAUUUCAGAUUUUGAAACCAGCAGAGAAAAAAAAAUAUGCUUAUGGUAAUGUGAACACAGGAGGAAGAACAAUCACACCAUCACGCAAUAAUAGUAAUAAGAAAAAGAAAGAAAUGGCGAAAGUUACAUAA